AUGUUUGCGCAAUCCCCAAUUGCCCAAUAUGAAGACCAAGCAAACAAGGAUAAUAACAGACUGAUACCGCAUUCCAAGCUUCCGUCACCUAAACUUCGACUUCAUCUUCAAGAUAUCACUCAUAAGUCCGCCAAAAUUUUUCUUGAAUGCAUCCCCGAUCCUUAUGCGGUACUCAAAUCGGCUCUGUCGAACAUAAUCACCUAUCUCUAUACGAGCCCAAGCCCAGAAACCUCCCAAUCUUCCCGGCCAUGCAAGGUCCAUUUCAAGCCAUGUUUGCCCGGAACCCGGUCAGUCACAGUGAUCAUUCGUGACUUUUCUGGGGUAGCACACACCACUUCCAUCGACCUUGACUCUGAUCACAAAGAAAUAUAUUUUUCGUUGUCGUACAUCGCUCAUGCCGCUACUUUUGAAGACACCAGGCGCGAGCUCGUCGGGGUCUUGACGCACGAGCUUGUGCACUGCUAUCAACACACCUCUCCGCCAGACCACGACACAGUUCCCUACCCACCUUCAGGUCUGAUAGAGGGCAUAGCGGACUUUGUACGCUUGAAGGCUGGUUUGUCCCCGCCUCAUUGGACCCGUCCACUUUGCAGUUCCGAUCUCCCUGGUUCGUGGGAUCAGGGAUACCAGCAUACUGCGUUUUUCUUGGAAUGGAUCGAAGAUGUCAAGGUCGGAUUUGGUGCUAUCGGUAUGUUAAAUGAUAGAUUGUUCAGGACAGGAUAUGUCGGUGAAGGGGAGAAUGCUGGCACAUCCACUACCAAAUCAUUCUGGAAAGGGCUCUUCGGUGUUCCGGUCCUCGAACUCUGGGAAGAGUAUGGCCGGUACCUUGACAAUAAAGGGGGGGAAUGUUAAUUUUGAACGUCGGAAAGAGAUGUAUACUGGCCUGAAUUUAACGGGGACAGUCUAAUAUCCAUUACAACGUACUAAAGAAGUGCCUUUCGGAAAGGCGUGUCACAACUUCGAUCCACCAUGGGUUUUCUCCCAUGCACCUACUCUCGCACUUCGCACUUUCUC